GAGGCUUUUUAAAGGAGCAGGCAGCAGCGCAACCGGAGGCUUUCUGAUUCAGACUCACCGCACUUCCUCCAUCUCUCCAUCCGGCGCGGCAGCGGAGACGCACCGGGAGCGGCCAGAUGUGAAGAUGAGGCAUUGGGCGUCGACUGACCUGCAUAUCAACAGACUGACGUAUGAGCAUAGACUACAAAAUGACAUUGCCCAGACAUCUGUGGAAGGACAAGAAGGAGAAAGUGCCGGGGGGCUGUUCAAUCUACAGUGACAGAGAUUCACAUCAGAUCUUCCAUGAUGCACAGUCUGUUCUUCAGUUUGUUGGUCCCCAGUGUAUAUUUUGCACUGUGCAAGUGGAGGCUUCUGUAGGGCAUCUACAUCAAAAGCAUAUAAGGGAUGCUGUUUAUUUUGAAGAUGGAGAUACAGAGAAAUUUGUGGUGUCGUGGCUUAUCGCGUAUUGCCAGGACACAAAUCAAAGACAUAGAUGCCACAAUCAUUGUCCAUUCUGCAACUACAGAGUGUUUGCCAGAACUGCAACCUUCAGGAGACAUCUUCAACAUAUAUGUUGAUAUAUUUGAUUUUUUUUUUUUUCUGUCUUGACAAAAACGACAACUGGUGCCGGUUUGAACGUACUAUGGUGAGCUUUGACUCAGUGGGGGAUCAAUGGCAUUGUCCUUGUCGGGAGAGGGGACAAUCACACCGCUGUGUCCAUCACAUGGCCAUGUGGUGGAUCUUUCAGGAGUAUCCAAAUCUUCUCAGUAACUGUGAUACCCAGCCAGAGGACAUUGAAGACAUGGAAAGUGAGCUCCUUGACCCCGAACUGCCAUGUUCAUCAUACAAUGUCAAUGACCAAAAAGUCCUCGUUAUGACAGAGUACUUGGCCAAAUCUAAGAAGAUACCUGCAUUGCAUAACAUCUCCAUUGAACUGCGCACAAAAGAAAAACCACCACCAAAGAGCUUCAUUCCAAGUGAGCUUAAUUGUCCAUAUUGCCCUGGACCAACGCCCCCAGGUCUGAUAGAGGAAACAAUAACAACACCAGCCACUGUUUAUGGAUAUACCUACAUUGAAAAAGGUGUCUCUGUUGCCAUAAAUAAGUGCCCUGUCUGCGGAAAUCAUGUUCGUUUCCAAGACAACACAUCCGGGUUCCACAAUUUCAACAACAGGGUGUUGCUUACUCUUCCGCUAUGUGCACUCCUGCUCUCUGCUUUGGCUAACAAGACCGCCUGUGGAUGCAUGUUGGACACCAUACAUCUUUUUAAUAGAAACACAUACCACCACCAGACAGUACGCAAAGCGUUCCAUCACUUCCUUUCCCUCAUGGACUUUGAAUUUAAGUUCUCCUGUCACCAAUGUGGCCAUAACCCUCCAGUUAUUAUUGCUGAUGCCAACUGGAAAGUUGCUUUUGAUGUGCCAGGUAAAUGUGUACAUUUGUACAAGUACAUUUUAUGACAUUUAAGUCAAAAGGCCGGACCUGGACACAGUGACGGACACAGACCUCAAUAUUGAUAUUGAGAGGACAUGGGCAGACCUGGACAAGGCGAUGAUUGCUGAGGGCUUCACGCCGGGAACCACCACAAUAAACCCUUACAGGUCCUUGCUUUCGUAUUCCACGUUGGCUCCAUGGAUGGGAAAGGACACGCGCGCUGGAAACACACUCCCAAAGACAGAGGUGAAAAAAGGGUUAAAGAAAAGGUCCGGUGAAACAAAGGUGUCAAACCAAAAGGUGGAUGAAGACAUCAUACAUGCACUUCUUGAGUCUAAAAAGCCACAAAAGAAAGAACUACAAGAUGCCUGUGCAGCACUCGGUGUCACUUCCGAGGGCUCCAUCAGCGAUCUUAUCAGCCGACUGGAAGAGCUGCUGAAUUUCAAGGAGCUUUAUCCAAAGCUUUUUGUAAAACUUCAAACAACAGGAGGUGGUGUGUUACACUUUUCCUGUACACCUAGAGAAGCUUUAACAGUUUUCCAACUGUUUACAUCUCCGAUGUGGCGGGCCAGGUUUCACGCCACAUGAACAAUAGAACCCAACAGAAGUUCUUUCAGCCCCAUGAUGGUCGGCUUUGUGAACCAUCACAGUCAGACAUCAAUGCAGCAAGGGAAAAGAAACUUGAACUGGUCCUGGAGUGGAUCGGAAAUCUCAGGUCUCCGGGGGCACCACUGAAACCGGUCCGGAGCCAACAAGUUCACUGCAUUACAUCCAAUUACCCAAACAAUUGAGAGGUAUGCCCUCUAUGACCGGUUCCACCAGAAAAACCAACGCAGAGCAGAAGAAAAACUAAGGAGUUUAAACAUAUGCCCUGCUCUUCGACUACUUUUUACCUACUUUUUUGUAGUCAAGCAAACAGCCACUGGACAACAUUUUGAAACAAAGUCAGCCAUGGACCAGAGAAAGACAUUCUUAGCCCAGAGGUACAUCAUUGAUGAUACUGCCAAGGAGAAGUUAAGGAAACUUUUCACAGGCUCACAUGAUGAAAGGCAGGUGUUGACCAACAUUAAGCAAAGAUAUCCGUUAUCCAUACGGGACAUCAACAGUGUCUGUCCUCUGAAGCUGUUAGGCGAAUCAGCAUGGGUUAUGCCAUGGCUCACUGAUGAUGCAGUCAACUUUCGUGUGGCACAGCUUGCCAUGGACAAUUCAAAGAAGUCCCUAUAUAUCACUCAUUAAAGACCAGGACCGGUUUGGAGGAGGAGGACUUUGAUCUUCUCAAAAAUGUCUUUCGGAAGAAGGGUGGGCUGCAAGGCUGGAGUGUAACAUACCCUGUCCAGUGGAUUCAGAAAGACUGUGGGGUUUUUGUCUGCUCAGCUGCUGAGAAUGAAUUAACCAAAACAAAUGUCGAUGAAGAGUCACUGACGCGGACCCAAUGCCGGACUCUGCGGCAAUACCAUGCAGCAAAGAUGAUGAAAGAUAUCCCAGAGACGGCUUUCCCUCUCACCAAGAGUCAGUUAGAGGAAAUACAAAAAGAAGAGGCCAAGCUCACACAAGCUGAAAAAAAACAAACGGAAUCCAACUGCCAUUGCCUUGCAUGGGGCAUAAGUGCCUGCAUUUUUCAGCGUGUCGUGGGGACAAGCAUGUGUCUCCACCAAAACCUGAGAGAUUACAAAUGGCUGGAGUGCGAGCAAUGCAAGAAAUGGAUACAUUUCCAAUGUGCUGGGGUCAAUGGAGAGUGGACUGACAAACACUUUGAUUGUGGCUGCAGUAAAGUUGUCCAGCCAAUUGUUAAGGAAAGCUUGGAAUCAAUUGAGGUGGACAACAUGCUGACUGACCAGGAAAUAAAGGAUACGGACCAAAAUCUAAAAAAUGGCAAGAUUCUGUCCAACAGAGUCUAUCUCCACCUCAACAAGGGUUUUUUAUCCUGGACAUAAGACAGGAACAGAAGUUGAGCAGAAGAUGUACCUGGAAGAAGUAAUUCUGCCAGAGUGAAGCAGAUAGCCCAACCAGCCGCACUGCAGGCACAGAUGAGAAAGACCAACAGAAUGAGGGCAAAAUGAAAAUGCUUGAGCACACCUUGUUGGCAGCAAAGUGGUUGCAGACAAAAGAAUUUAAGGGGAAGGUAACCUUGCCUGAAAUUACCAACAUGGACAGAGGCAACCAGCUACGAGCAUUGCAAGACCACAAGAACUCCAUGGAUGAAAAUGAGGACGACGCAGACGCACCGAUAAAUGUCUUUGUCGUGAAAUUCCAGUACAAAAGUGACUACGAAAUGUUUGUGGCACCAUUUAUUGACAAGGGCUACAAAGUCAAUGCUUUGUUCAAAGAGUGGGACUAGUUCAGUUUUUAAAAUGCAUUUUCAGGUUGUUUUUACAUGUUUAUAUUAUUUAUUGUUACUGUUCUUUUUGUUUACAUUUCUUAUUUCAUAUAUAUAUCCUUCCUGACAGUCUCUGCGUCUCAUUUAAUUCUUCUAAUGGUCCCACUUAUGACAACUUCAGCUCUAUUGAUUAGGCAAAUAUUUAUGCUUUCAUGUGUAACUGAAUUUCUGUUCCAAUAGCACUUUUCAUUGAAAACAUAACAGAAUAAAAUAACCUUAAAAAGAGUA